AUGGCGCCAAUCUCAGAAGCCUCUCACCUGUUGAACCCACUGGCCACAUCUCUUCAAUUAGAGACCUCUGCUAGCCAGCUCGACGGAGUGCCCAAGGACGUCGAGGACUCCGUUCGGUUCGAAACCGCCCGACUCGUUCAGGCGGCUGGCAUCUUACUGCGCUUGCCACAGGAAGUAAUAGCGCAAGCGAUCGUCAUCCUCAAGCGCUUCUGGACGGGACCCGAUGGAGGCAGCCUUCUCGAGCACGACUCAAAGGAUGUUGCGGCUGCGGCGUUGUACCUCACAGCCAAACCGUCGCCCUACCCAAUAAGUCCGAGACAGGUUCUCACGUCAUUUGAGUAUCUCUCAAGCCUGCAACCCGGCCAAAUCUCUUCCGCCUCGAUCGAAGGAAAGCUGGACUCAUCAUGGCACCUGUCCGAUGGCGAGUAUGAAAUCGCCAGAAACCGGCUUUACGACAUCGAAGCGCACAUUCUCCGCGUGGUUGGUUUCCAAACGCAUGUCGCGCUGCCACAUACGUUGUGUAUCAACUAUUUGCAGACGAUUGAUGCUUUCCAAUCUCCUGCUGGCUCGAUGGUGGCAAAGACAGCUUUCGCCCACCUCAAUAGUGCCUUGCUGAGUCCUCAACUCCUCUACCUCACCCACCAACCUUCAGCCAUCGCCACCGCAGCAAUCUACCUCGCCGCGAAAGAGGUCGGGGUGAAAAUGCCCGAGGUCGAGUGGUGGGAAGUUUUCGAUCUGGAUCGGGAGGAACUCGGCUUUCUGGUUGUCGCACUUCGCAGCUUGGAAGGCUUCGCUCUGGAACAGCAGCGCAAGUUCGGCAAGUGUCCUGUCCCCAUGACUGUGCAAGGCCUCCAGGUGGAGAUUGAGCGGUCUCGGAUGCUCGAAGCGGGAGGAUGA